CCCAAGCAGGGGCGGGUCCGGGUCCGGGUCGCGCCUCGCGUGGGGACCGGGGCGCUGCUGCGGGGUCCCGCUGGCGCCGGUGCCUCGGGCGCGCAGCUCGGGAGCGGCGGCACUCGGUCAGUAGCGCCAGUCUGCAGGGGCAGGGCUGCAAACGGGCUGAGCAUCGCACGUCGCGGGGAGCCCCGUGCCGCGGGGAUAGACCCCGGUACCGGGGUCUGCUCGGUCACACCCCCCGGGGCCGCAGCGCCUGCCCGGCCGGGUCAGCCGCGCUGGCGCGGGUGCUGGAAAGCGAAGCGCUGCGGAGCUUCUCUGGGGAGGGGGGGAGAGACUUUGCAUAGCAGCCUUCAAACCAGUCCCUCCUGUGCCUCACGCCAGCGUUUGAGGGUGCAGCGCUGCUUCUGUAGGAAAUCUGCCCUAGUGCUCUGGGCGAAUAUUCUCAUGCAUAUUGCUUAGUAAGCCCAGAAACGUCUGGCUCCUGUCUUUGCCCAAAAGCUGGCUGUAUUCCACGGAUGCUGUGUGUCACCUUUGGCAUAGUGCCAGAUCAAGACAUGGGAAAAAGCACAGGGAUACUUGUAGGACCUAUAAGGGAUAGCUGGUCUAUGCAUUUGUAAUUCUAAGUGCACUGGGUGGAUCUUUCGUAAUUAAGAUGAGACUUCAUUUUUAAGUCAUAACAAAUUUUUCCUGACUGUGGCCAGCCAGCAGCCUCCAGUCUGGGCAUCACGCAAUGCUCCCUUCAGUGUUGCUUGGCUGGAAGAAAGGUGGGAUGGAAACGGGAGGGAGAGGAGAGUUUCUCUGUGGAUGUGAGCAAGCGGCGAGAGUGGCAUGUCCCGUGUUAGCCAGCCUCUCCCCGAACUGGAUGCUGCUGUGGUAAAGGAGCUGUCUGCCUGCGGAGAUGCCGUGGUUGAGAUGAAGUGCUCCUCCCUGAUUUCAAGUGGGUUUCUCUGCCCUGACAGGUGGAUCCGGGCCCUUUGCCACCCUUUGGAAAGGGAGAGUGGGCUCGUUACCACAUGCUUGUGUGCACUUUCACAGAGAGGUGCAGAAAAGCAGUCCCCAAGGAGAGCAGUCAGCAUGCCUCAGUGUAAAGAGUUGGUUGCCACCUUAAAGCCCAUCACCUUGGACUGACUAGUCUGGUUAUUUCUCUUUUGUGCCUCUGAGGCCUCCCCAGGGAAGCAGAGCUCCUGCUGACUCAGUAAUGCAACAAAAGGGCUCUGUAAUUGCUGUAGCAAGGGAGAGAGUAGCACUCCGCUCCCUGUAUGUCUUGUUGUGUCUAUCUCUUUUCUUCGGCAUGUCAGGUUAUGUGUACCAAAAAAAACUCUUGGCUAUCCUGUAGUAGGUUUUAAGAGAUAGUGACUUGACAGCUUCUUUCAUUUCAGAGUGUUUAAACACCUGGAUUUCAGUAGGUACUGUCAAGACUAAUGUACAGUUUCCAGCUGCUUGAGGUUAGUCUGUUGUGACUGGCUUUGGGUGUUGAUGGAAUAGAAAAUGAUGUGUUAUAUAUAUAUUAAAUAUACGGUAAAGAUGUAAAAGUGUUUCUACCCAAAGUUUUUUUUAAUGAGUCUGAACCCAAGGCUUUUUAAUGAGUCUCUGAAUCCCUUAAGGUUUCACUUAAGCUAGGUCAAUGGGUGCUUCAUUUAUGUUUUAGGUAUCUGUGGAGUUGUGGAUUUUGUUUGUUUGUUUCUUUGUAAAUUCUGCAGUCAAGUAAAAUGGCACUUACACAUUCUGUAGCACAAGUUGAACUGAGUCUAAUUAGUGUGGUGUGUCUUGCUGGUUGGGCCCCAGUGAAUGAUCCAUAAAACCUGAUACAACUGAUACUAAGCAGCCUAUCAUGUGUAGCAUCUAAGAGCAUGUGUUUAGCACCCUGAAGUAUUUGCGUAAAGUUCUUUAGUAUUUGCUGACUUUGCUGUUUCUCAGAUUGCCUGGAGGCAAAGUUAUGGGCAUCUCUGAAGAGCAGAGGCAGACUAUGGUCUUACACGGCUGCCUGUGUGGGUCGUGUCCCACACCACCUUUUCCUGAGAAAUGUCUGUCCCUAUGCCACAUGUCAAUAGAUAGGUACGUUUUUCUCAUCUCACUUUCUUAAUGUCGAUCCAUAGCUCUGGUCCUUUAUCAGAGGUUUGGAAGUCGGUCAGCCGAAGGCAGCUCCUGCUUCCCGCAGUGUAUCAUCUGGUGCUGACCACCCGUCUUGCAGUAAAUCAGUGUUGCUGUAUUGAUCCAGUUGUACAGUGCUACGAGGCAGUGUUUCUCCUCUCUUCCCAUGCCAUGGAGCCUGCUGGCAGCAGAAAUGAGGUGUUUUCUGAGAGUGGUGCUGGUGGUGGGGGACCUCUAGGUUUGCUGAGCUUGGAGCUGGGCUAGUUGCCCCCCUGCUUGGGAAACACUUGCAAGUUUCUGGUGCUUCCCCUGUUUAAAAGAUGCAACAGGUAGAGAGCUCUCCUAGGGACCUUGGAGAUAGCAGCUGGCCUGGAAAUGGGAAUGGCAUGGCCUGAGGCUAUGCAUGGGACACGAUACAGUACAUUUUCAUUCUAGGGUCUUUGUUUUUCAUAACUGUGAUCCCAGAACACCAAAUGCCUGUUGAAUGAAGCUUUUUGAUGCAGGGAACCCAACUGGUUUUAGAAGAAGUCAGAUUUGGUUAUGACUCUACCUGGUACUGCAAUAUUCACCUCACCACAGCACCUUCUGCACUUUUGCAGUCUGACUACUUGAAGGUGGCAGGCUUCUGGCUCUUCUCAUCCCAUGCCUCUCCCAAAAUAAAAGAAAGGGAACAGAUACCACUUGGAGUGUCUCUGAUAAAGUUUGAGAAGUGGUAGCAGUCCCGAUAAAAGGAAGUGGCUUCAGCCCAAAAGCAAACAAACUGGGCGCUUGUUUGCUGGUGGUAGAGGGGUAGAAACUAAUGUAAAUGCAGGUGACCAUGCAGAAUGCAGUUCAGGUGUGGUUUGGCGAUGACCUUCCCUUAAGUCCUCGAAGUCCUCUGACUCCCAGACAUGGGCCAGGCUUGGCAGAUGUGUGCCUGUAUGACCAGUGGAUAUCUGUGCGGCAUGAAGCAACCUUGGUGCCUAUGCAAGAAGAUCUGUCAAUCUGGCUGUCUGGCUUGAUGGGGAUAGAAGUCAAAGCAGAACAACUGCUAGACGAACUUGAUAAUGGGGUACUACUCUGCCAAUUGGUUGGCGUUCUUCAAAACACAAUUAAAAAAAGUUGUAGCUCAAAUAAUUUAAGGAAUUUUCCUAUGAGAAAAGUUCCGUGUAAGAAGGACGCUCCAUCAGGAUCUUUUUUUGCCAGAGAUAAUACAGCCAACUUUCUUAACUGGUGUAGGGCCAUUGGAGUUGAUGAGACUUACCUCUUUGAAUCCGAAGGUUUAGUUUUGCACAAGGAUCCAAGACAAGUAUAUCUUUGCCUGUUGGAAAUUGGGCGCAUUGUAUCCAGGUAUGGAGUUGAACCUCCUGUGCUAGUAAAACUAGAGGAGGAAAUUGAGCUAGAAGAAACACUGCUGAUGACCUCUGGACCACCAUCACCUAUUAGCACAGCAAAAUCAUGUUGUCAACAUGGGGAGCUACAUGAAGCAGUUAAACAUAUAGCAGAAGAUCCUCCCUGCAGUUGUUCCCAUCGAUUUUCAAUUGAAUACUUAUCAGAGGGACGUUAUAGACUGGGAGAUAAAAUACUUUUCAUACGAAUGCUGCAUGGCAAGCAUGUGAUGGUACGUGUUGGUGGAGGCUGGGACACUCUUCAAGGUUUUCUGCUUAAAUAUGAUCCAUGUCGAGUGCUUCAGUUUGCAACUCUGGAACAGAAAAUCCUGGCUUUUCAGAAAGGGAUCACCAGUGACAGUGUCCCCAGCUUAUCAGCUAAAACUCAGGAGCCUCCUCUUAUGAAUCCAAUGUCAGCUGUCAAUAUGUUUCCAAAGCAACCAUCAAAACCCCCUACUCCUGUUUCAGCUCUCGGGGCCAGUGUCAAGAAGGGUUUAUCUAAGCGUCCUCAGUCCCCUGCCCUGUCACCAAAAGUGCUAGUGCCCCCAUCCUCCACAGCCAAGUCAUUGACAGUCAAGUCCAAAUUACAAGGGUCUUCAGCAACAGGCAUGCAGUCUCCUUUCAAACCAUUAGCUGGCACCUUAACGAAGUUGGAGUCUCCUGCACAGAGCUCACCAGCUUCUGCUCCUUCACAGCCUGCAAGCAAAAACUUUCCAUCUGCAGGAGCAAGGAUGGCUCUCGUUCACUCUGAGACAUUACGCAAACGUAUUCGGUCCCCUGAUGCUCCCAAGGUGAAAUUUUCCCCGCCUCAGGGCUCCCCAGCAUCAACGCUGCAUCCUGUCCUCUCAUCCUCUAAAAAACAGCCACCUCACUUGCCUGGGACAGCUGAAACGAUGGCUUCAAAAGAGAAGCACGUCCCUGCUAAAUGCAAGCCUGUAUCUGUCACUAAAACCAAAGUGAAUUCAGUUGCUCCAAGGGCUGCUGGGCUGCCUGUUACAAAUCUGCGUGCUGUUGCCAAGUUUGCACAUUCUCAGCAGCUCUUCACAAAACCUCCUUCUGAAAAUGCUAUUCAGACUUCAGGGACUGGGUCUCAGCAUCCUCAGAAAGCUCCACAAACAGCUUCUGACCGGGCAAGGAACCUGAAAAGUGCUUCAGUCCUAAAACACUCGGCUUCUGCACCUUCCCUUGUAGUUAGCAAAGCAUCAAAGUCACCACCUACGCUGGUGUCUACAAGCAAAAACAUAUCAUCGGCUGUCAAUAAGCAGCCAAAUGUCAGUAAACCCCGUCAGGUUGGACACACUUCUUCAUCCAAACCUCCUGAACGUACUCCCUUAUCUGUUGUACGGCUUCCUCAAACUUCAGCCAAAGCAGCAGUGACCAAAAAGCCAAUGCAGCCUUCCGCAAAAGGUCAGCCUUCGGCCCAAAACGUGCAAGCAAAUGAAAGCUUGGCCCCAGCAGCCAAGAAGCCUCUCCCUAAGGGAAAAUCACCAACAGUGUGUAACAAAGGAAUGCCUGGUGUAUCAAAAGGUCCACUUACGAAGAGCAGGCAAGAUGAUCACUAUUUUGUUAUGACAGGGAGUAAAAAACCCAGAAAGUAAACUUAUUUGUUACUUUCUGUGGAAGUAUUAAAUUUUGUUCAAACGGCCUCUUGUAUCUGCUAUGCUGAGGACAAGGAAAAAAGUUAAAUAACACUACCUUUACCAUGAAAUAUUAGGUAUAACCUACAUUUUGUGGCAUAAUUUACAGUAAGAACUGUAUUUAUUUUGCAGUUUAGCAACUUCUGUUUGGAUAUAUUUGGAAGUGAGCUUGCUUGCUGUGUAGCGCUGUGGAAUAGAGAAUAACCCUGUUUGCUGCUAGCCUGACCCACUGCGGGGAAGGUGGGAGAGAGGAAAGGGGAGCUAGGGCUGCUGCUUUUGCUGCUGCUCAUUUCCAAGGGAGCAAAGCCUGCCCAAGAAACAUCUGCUCAGGGCAGAGCCUGAGCCAUUCUCGUGGUUCUGGCACAUCUGCAUCAGGGCCCGUGGCAAGCGACAGAGCUAUGCAUAAGCUGUAAGGUUUCUAAUACCUCAAACAAAACUAUGAUUUUUAAGUCACCAGUGUCCCAGAACCCAGUUUGGGUCACCUGCGUGCAUUCAAAAGAAAUCUCUAGUAAUGUUUAGAUUUGACAGCUGCUGUUACCAGUGUUGCCUGUGCCCCCUGUAUGCCUUAAAGCGGCUUCAGCUGGCUUGGAGUUGGAGCCUUCUGGGUUUGUGUUAAAUUGGACAUGGAAAAUUGUAGCUUUGAUUGCUUACUCUUGUUGUGCCUUAGCCUCUCAGAUUCAUGACAGAUCUCUUCAGUGAGUAAUGCUACUUUUAAAACCUUGGGCAGAUAGCCUUAGCUUAGUUCAUAUUCAAAUCUGACCGUAAGUCAGCCCAGUCUUUCCUAGAAAGCUCUUGCUGCACGGAGAGAAGCCUCCUAAAUUGCUGGGAGGGUGCUCUCCCUGGGGAUAGAGCCCCAAAGCAGCUCCUGCUCCGGUAAUACAGAGCUGUGAGUACUGACCUGCACUGGCAGAGCCUUACUGCUCUGCAGGAGUGGCCUUUACAUGUAAAACUGAGUUGCUAAAUACUUUUUCAGUGCAAAGGUUAAAAUUUUGUGGGCAGUCUUGUUCUGCAGUGGCCUUUUGUUUUAUUUAUGGAGAACUUCUUACUGGCUCUCCUAUAUUACUUUCUGGACAUGAUGAGUAAUUUUCUGAGGUGGUAAUGAGGGGCUGCAUUUGCCUUUAAACAUCUGAAAGCAUCAGAAAGCUAUACACUGCUUACACUCUCAACUCCUGAAGGCUUUCAGUGGGUUAAACAUCUGUGGUGCUCAACACCUUCACCCUUAACAGAAGUGAGUUUCAUGGUAGAUUAAUAAAAACUACUGUCCUUGGGAGUAGCAUUGUUUGGGCUAUUUUGGGUUUAAUGAACAGUCAUUCCUACAAACACUGAGGAGCUCUCAAGGUCUGUGAAGAGACACUGCUGACUUCCAUGGACCAUCACUUCUGCUCUCCGUUCCCAGGAUAUUUACUUAUGGGCCAGAAAAGAGAUGCAUGGAAACUUUAGUUUCUGAUGUUAUAUUUAAUAAAUACAUUUUCCCCUGGAACUGCAGUAAGCAAGCAUCAUAAACUGAAUUCUCCUGCGCAGGGGCAAAGUCAUUGAGCUGCCUUUCUGAGCACCUUGUUAGUUUUUUUUAUUUAUGAUUCUAUUUAUGCAUAUCUACUGUACAAUACUGCUUACAACCUGGUGGGAGUAAACAGUAAAUACCAAUAUCCAAACUAUAUGAGGAAAUCGUAUCACUUUUAAUAACAUGGACACAAGUCCCACACACAAGUUUGCAUACAAAGUUGUAUGUUUGGAGAAGGCCUUAGGCUUACUUGUUUUAUAAAUACACUAGUCAAAGCCACUACUGCAAAUGUUAAGAACAGUAUUGACUAGUGGACUGCUUUCAGGUUUGGUAAAUUUGGCACACAAUGUCAUAUACUGAAAGCAUUUUACCAUAGAUGACUUGCUUUUGAUUUCAGGCUUCCAAAUAACGAGCCUUGAUAUGCUAUAUCUCAUGCAGAUUAACAGCUGAAUUCUUGGGGUUUCUUUCUGUGCUGAGUCUGGCUGAGCUAGAGUGAAUUUUCUUCAUAGCAGCCCAUAUGGUGCUGUGUUUCAGAUUUGUGCCUAAACCAGUGUUGUAACACACUGAUGUUUUGGCCUUUGUUGAACAGUCCUUGCACAGGGUCAAGGCUUUCUCUUUUUUUCCUGCUCUGCCCUUGCAGCAAGUAGGCCGGGGGUGGGCAGGAGAUUGGGAGGGAUGCAGCUGGGGCAGCCACCCCAAACUGGCCAAAGGACUACUCCAUACCCACCCUCAGCAAUAAAAACUGGGUACAAGAAGAAGGCAGGGGGUGGGGUGGAGAUGUUGGCUUCCAAGGUGGCCAUUGUUUGCAGACUGCCUGUGGGAGGUAGUGAGUGAUGGCCUUUGCAUCACUUGGUGGUUUGUUUUUUGGCUCUUUUCUUCAGUUAUUAAACUGCCUUUAGCUCAGCCUGUGGGUUUUCUUGCUUCUGCUGCUCUUUCCCUUGUCUUGCUGGGGAAGGAGAGGAGAGAGAGUGAGCGAGCAGCUGUGUGGGUGCUUGGCUGCUGGCUGGGGUCAACCCAUAAUACCUUUUGAACUGUUUACGAGGUUUUUAGUAGUAAUUUAAACACUGAGGCUCUUGGAUCUCAGUGUAAAGCUAUCUUAACAUCUACCUUUUUUGAACUAUAGCUUCAGGGAAAAUUAUGCAGAUGGCUUUAUCUUUGUAAUCCAUUAUCUCAUUUAAUAGACUGAAUUUUAUGGUUCAAAAUGAAAUAAAAAGCAUAAGCUUUUACAGUGGAAACCUUGACCACCUGUUAAGUGUGGGUAGACUUGGUCUGGUUUUAUUACAAAAAUAGUGUAUUUGAGCAUGGUCCAACUUUUGUUAAUAUUGCAAUCUCCCACUUCAUAGUCAUGUUCUAACUACUGGGUGUCAUGUAACCUGAGGUAAGCCAAGAAUAAGAUGUAACAAAGUACCUCCUAAUGGAAAUAUAUACUCUUUUUGCAAUGUUUACAUUGCCAAAUAGCAAGUCUAAUCUUCAGCUUGUAUUAUUUUCUGUGAAGGAAAGAUAACUUGGAGCAAGAAUCUGAAUUCUCCAUGUGUUAUUGAUGUCCUUCUGUAUGAGUACUUAUUUUAAAUAAAUAUACACUCUAUGGUUUUUAUGUGCACA